CUAACAAUAAAUCAAGCAAAUGAGUCUAGUGCGGUUGGACAACACAAGGCGCUCUGGUCUGGCGUUGCAAUUCAUUCCCUCCAGCAUGACAAUCCUUUGAAUGUAAACUUACGUGUAAAAAGCGGACUGACCCCAGAAUGCCACCAGCAUCGGACGCGACAGGCGGCGUCAUGUUUACACCGGCUCUUCCGCAGCCGCAAUCAGCGGCCGACAGCUGCCAGCCGGCGCAGCCCACGACGGAGAUGCCCUCGGUGCUGACUCAGCUGCCUCCGGGGCUCAUCAACCUGGGCAACAGCUGCUACAUGAAUAGCGCGCUGCAGGCGCUUGCCUCCUCCCAGCGCCUUUGUCAGUACCUAGCAGAGCGCGCCGCGGCCGUACGAGUCCACCAAAGCUGCGGUGCAGCCGCACGCCCUGCGGCGGCGGCGGCGCCAUUGCCGUGCGUGGCGCCGCCUCCCGCGGCGCCGCUACCUGCGCCGUGGCAAAAUCAACAGGGCGUGGGCAGGAGCAGCGCAGUGGCAGCGGCCGCCUCCUCGGUGCAGGCGGCCGUUGCGAUGGUAACACCGGUGUUGGCGCCGCUGCUGCAGAGCGCGGUGAAAGGCGUCGCUCGCGCCUGGUUGUGGCUGCGAGGCUGGGAGCCCACGACUCCCGCCUCCGCCGCCCAGCCGCCACCACACCUUGCCGCGGCAGUCGCCGCAGCCGCUACAGCCGCUGCCGCCGCUUGCGGCGUGCGCCCGCCAUCGGCGUCACCCAGCGGCGCCGCCCUCGGCCCCAGCCCGCGUAACUCGGAGCUACGGCGGCUGUCUGCAUGCGAGGUGCUACUGCAGCUGGACGCCACGCUGGCGGCGCUACAGCCAAGCUACAGCCCUGUCAGCGAUGCCUCGGCAGAAGCAAGCACCAGCGGCAACAGCAGUGGCGGUCUUGGACCCGCAGCUGCUGCGGCUCGGGUUGCUGCAGCUGCUACUGCUGCUACUGCCGGGGUGCCCGUGGAUCCGUCGCCGCUGCUCCGUGUGCUGCGCGUGCACCUGCCGGGCGGGGUGUUGGAGCUGGGGGAGCAGAACGACGCCGCAGAGGCGCUGGAGAUCCUGCUGGAUGCGGCGGCGGACGAGGCGGCGGCCUGGCACAUGACGGCGGAGCGCUGGCGGCACGCGCACGCCGGCCUUGCCGCCGCCGCAGCAGCAACACCAGGGUUGGGACCCGCGCCAGCGGAGGCGACGUCAGCAGCAGCGACAGCCACAAGUAAUGCGGCAGCAGAGCGCGGCUUCGGUGCGACGGGAGCUGGUGGCAGCUGCGGCGCCCCGGCACUGACCUCGGCAGCGGCAGCUGCUGCGCCAACGGCGGCCGAGUAUGAUGGUGUAUCCGCAAAUAGUACCGGUGGGCCGUGCAGUGCAGGAAUCUCCGGUGCUGGUGGCUGCGGCAGUCCCGGCUGCGACAGCUGCGGCGACGCUUCCAGUGGCGGCGACAAAUUAAUGACUGUCAAGAGGCACCGGCUUCCCACCGUGCCGCUGCGGCUUCCACUGCUGCUGCUCCAGCAACAGCGGCAGCAGCAGCAGGUGCAGGUGCAGGUGCAGGCGCGGGGGGGUUUGUGGCCGCUGGAGAGCCCGCUGCGGGGACUGAUGGCGCGGACCAUGGCGUGUGCGGCGUGCGGCGCCAUGUCCACCACACAGGUGGAGCCGUUCUGGUCGUUGCAACUGCCGCUGCCCCACCCCACCCGGCACAGCAACAUCAACGGCAUCGGCGUUGACAGCGGUCGCUACAGCACCGGAGGUGGCCCAGGCGGCCCAGGCGGCGGCGGGGGCGGCAGCGCGACAGUUCGCCGCAUCCCCACGGCGUUCACGCAGCAUCACCAACUGCAGAUUGGAAGCUUGUGGGGCACACCGCCGCCGAGCACCGCGGCAGUCAUGAGAAGUGGCAGUAGCGUUUGCAAUGGUGGCGGUGACGGCCGUAGCAGCUGUAGCAGCGACGUGGGCGGGCAGCGCGGCAGUGGUUCGUACGCAGGCGGUGGCGGCGGCAGCGGACUUCUCACGUUGCAGCAUUGCCUGCGCGGCGUCGCCAAGGCUGAGAAACUAGAUGGCGUCACGUGCGCCCGCUGCAGCCUGGCGGCGGCGCUGCGGCGGCUGGCGCCCCUGCUGCAGCCGCUGCCGCCGCCGGCCGCUCCCGCCGCCGCCUCUGCCCUGGACUCUGUCCCUUUCACUGCUACUGCGAUUGUUACUGCCGCGGCUGCAUCUGCUACUGCCGCCCGGGAGCGGCUACAGCAGUACGCGGCCCGGCUGGCGGCGCUGCUGGCGGCGCCGCACGUGCCCGACCUGGAGUUGGACCGGGAGCUGUCGGCGCUGGCGGCUACAGCCACUGCUACAGCCGCCGCUGCUGCAGCUGCAGCUACAGCUACAGCUGCAGCUGCUUCUGCCGCAGCGGGGGCUUCAGUAGAGGGCACAGACGGAGCUGCAGGCGGAGAUACGCAGGCGUCUGCCCCGGCUCCGCCGGCGGGGGUUGAGCUGCUGCCGGUGCGGCGGCCGGCGUGGCGGCGCACGUGCGUGUCGCGUCCGCCGCAGGUGCUGGCGCUGCAGCUGCUGCGGAGCGUGUGGGACGAGCGCACGGGGCGCAGUGCCAAGGACACGCGGCACGUGGCCUUUCCGUUGGUUUUGCCGUAUGCGGAGUUGGUGGAGGAGCUGGGCGGCUGCUGCAGCGGUGGCGGCGGCGGCGGGGGCGCAGGAGGGGCGCCUGGUGGCGGCGGCGGCGGCAGCGGCGCGAGUGUGAAGUCGGGGCAUGCCGCAGAGCCAGGCGGUGCACAGCACACAACGGACAGGGAGGAGGAGGCAGAAGCGGGCGAGCAGCAGCAGGAUGGCGGGACCUGGAACGGCUGUACCUGCACGACGGCUGCAGCCCAGCCGCCGUACGAGCUGGCGGCUGUAGUCGUGCACUUGGGCGGCGCCGCCUCCGGCCACUACCUCGUGUACCGCCGCGUGCCGCUGGCGGCUGUAGCAGAGGGUGCACAGGCCGCCGCUGCUACUGCCGUAUGCGCCGCGGGGGCUUGGGGCGUCGCGGGGAGAGGUGGCUCGGGACCGGGAGCUGUGCGGGCUGGGUCGGGGCUUGUGGGGGGUCACGUGUGGUUGCGCGUGUCUGACAGCAGCGUGUGUCGGGCCGAGGUGGGUGAGGUGCUGAGGCAGCCGGCCGCCCUGCUGCUGUACGAGCAGCGGCUGCGGCAGUAGCAUGUGCGCGUGCGAUGUGCUUGAAGCAGGAGCGAGCGAAUGACC